AUGAGAAGGGUUAAUACAGAUGUUGUUGGAGACAAGCCAGUAAGGAAUGAUGCAGGGGAGAUGUCCAUGAGUGAAGAGGCUAAACAGCAGGCAUGGUUUGAGCACUACAAGAGGCUCCUCAAUGUUGAGUUUGAGUGGGACCCAGGUCACUUGUCAGACAAACCACCACUUGAAGGUCCACCCAUCCCAAUCACCAUCGAAAUGGUAAAGAAGGCCAUCGCCGAGAUGAAGACCGGCAAAGCUCCUGGACCAUCAGGGGUAGUGGUUGAGAUGAUGAGAGCGGCAGGCGACUCAAGUGCUAUCAUGCUCCAUGACCUCGCAAUGGCUAUCAUCCGCAGAGGCACAACAGAUGCAAUAUUUGUUGUCCGUCAGCUGCAUGAGAAGUACCUGGCAGUAAAUGAGAGACUCUACAUGGCCUUCGUGGAUCUAGAGAAAGCUUUUGACAGAGUACCGCGACAAGUGAUUUGGUGGGCGCUGAGAAAACUUGGUGUCGAGGAAUGGAUUGUGAAACUGGUGCAGAAGCUCGGGCGAAUUCCCAUGUGCCAUACCGGUGUAGGCAGCAACAGUAUACACUGCAAGGGAUGUAAGCACUGGGUGCAUAAGAAGUGCAGCAGCCUUAAGCACUUGAAAGAGGAUCCCAAUUACCGCUGCCCUAAAUGCCUGGGAACUGCUCGACCAAUAGAUGGGAGGCCACAGAAGGAAGUUCAAGUUGGAACAGACAAGCUAGAGGUAGUAGCUUCCUUCUGCUACUUAGGUGACAUGCUGUCUGCGGCUGGAGGAUGUGUGCUCUCAACGAUCACUCGUGUGAAGACGGCCUGGAAUAAAUUCAGGGAACUGAUGCCUAUCCUCUCUUCCCGUCAUCUUUCCUAUAAGACCCGUGGCAGGUUGUACAGCACAUAUGUGCAAAUCACGAUGCUGUAUGCAAGCGAGACGUGGCCCUUGCCAAAACCAGACCUUCGCCUAGGACAAAAUGACAGAGCCAUGGUCAGACAGAUUUGCAGGGUAGAGCCAGAAGACAUGGCUAGUGUCAGAUCAAGUGAGCUACUGGCACGACUUGGGAUCGAUGACCUCGACGCUAUCCUGCGGGAGAAGAGGCUACGCUGGUUUGGGCACGUUGCUAGAUCCAGUGGGGCAAUCAAUAAUGUCUUUAAUAUGAAACAAGCAUUCUGA